UAAAAGAAGUAGAAGAAGAAGACGUUCGGGCGCAUAGCGGAAGUGCGCGGGUUGUCUCAAACUGAUUAUAUAGAUAUGGCGCGUUUGCUAGGGAGCAUCGUAGGUACCAGUUUUACACGACAACCUAAACAUCGCUUAUGGAUAUGCUGUUUAUUUCUGGGGAUGUGUUUAAUGUCGCUGUCGGUUUCGGCGAAGCAGGACAGCCUCAGAGAAGUGACCGACGAGAACUGGGAGGAAAUCCUGACUGGAGAAUGGAUGAUUGAAUUCUACGCACCGUGGUGUCCAGCAUGCCAGCAGCUCCAGCCGGUGUGGAAGGAGUUUGCGGACUGGGGUGAGGACAUGGGGGUCAACAUAGCCAAGGUGGACGUGACAGAACAACCCGGCCUGAGCGGACGAUUCAUAAUCACCUCACUUCCUACUAUUUACCACUGUAAGGAUGGCGUCUUCCGGAAGUACCAGGGAGCUCGCACUAAAGACGACUUGCUCAGCUUUGUUGAUGAGCAGAAAUGGAAAGCAGUUGAGCCGGUUUCGACUUGGUUUGGGCCGUCUUCAAUUUUAAUGAAUUUGAUGUCGGCCUUGUUCAAACUCUCCAUGUUUAUCCGACAUUGUCAUAACUACAUGACUGAGCACCUGGGGCUUCCCGUUUGGGGUUCAUAUAUUAUCUUUGGCUUGGCCACUCUGUUCUCCGGCCUCAUGCUGGGACUGGUACUGGUGUUUAUUGCAGAUUUUGUCUUGCCCUCAAGACGAUUUUCUUCACCUGAUUACUACCAGAAGAGACAGACCAUGGAACAAGCGAGGUUAAUCCAGCGACAAGAGGACGAGCACGAGGCUGAUGGCGAGGAAGACGAUGAUGAAGACGAGGAGGAUGAGGAUAGAGGCCGGGGUGGGCCCUGGAGAGAGAGAAGAGGGUCCCCCGAGGGCCGCCCUGAACCCAAGGGACAGGGCUUCUCUGAUGAAGCUCUGAGGAAGAGGGUGGUGUGCAGCCGUGAGGAGGAAGAGGACACCUAGAUUUUGAGCUGGGGUGUCACAUGAGCCCCGCUCGCUUGAGAAGAGCACCGUGGAGUCGGCAGAGGCAGAGGAACCUUGGUCCCAAGCAGCAAUGUUUACAACAGGGGCUCUAAAACUCCCCUCUGACCUCCCCUUCUCCUCCUCCUGUGGGCCCCCAGAAAACCUCGCUUCUUUUCUUCUUCUUGCCUUGUUUUUAACGAGAGCACUUCAGACUCACCCCACCGUGCUCUCCGCCUAAGCAGCAGGCGCCACCUGGAACAAGCAAAAACUCUCGACACCAGUUUUCACUUGUGGAAAUGCCUGGCUGACGAGUGUUUAGGUAUAAAGUGCAGUAGAGCGGGAUUUUGCAACGUUGUUUAUGCUAUGCAUUGUUUUUUAAAGAGUUGUGUGUUAUUACUUGAUUAAUAUAAGAGCAGGCUUGCAUUUGGGAUUUCUGUUUUACAUUUCAGCUAAUACAUAGUUAUUUUAUGAUGCACGUUUCAUGAACCCUGACAUCCCAACCCAAUAAACAGUGUUCACACACCGUUCCACAUACGUACAGUGAAUAACAGAGAGACAAGUGACAAGAAAUGGCCCCAAAAUGUCAAAACACUUCCGAUUUCAUACGUCUCCCUGUUUCCUGUGAGUCCAUUCUGUGUGUGUGUGCGCGUGUGCGUGUGUGUGUGAGAUCUAAAUCCAACGCAGGAAUGUUGGACAACAAAACAAACAAUGACAUAGUUAAUGUGCGUUAAUUUAAUGGUUGCCUGUCAACUGUAUCAAAAGUGUUGGAUUUUGUAUAAAUCAUUAUUGUGUCAUAACGAUAAUGUACACAGGUUGUUGGUCUUUGUAAAGAGUUGGCGCCUCUUGCCACAGGUGUGUGUGUGUGUCUUGUGGGGCAGGAUCCCUCCUUAUAGCUUUGCUUAGCAGUCAGCAGCACUAACUUGGGCUAGCUCCUGGCUUGGAGGAGACCAGACCGUGCUAGGUGGGUGUAAUUUCUAACAAAGGGGCUCUUCACUCCAGUCUAAAGGUUGUAUGUUGUUGUUUGUCAUCUCUUUGUCCAUUGUUUUAUUCCUGACAUUUACUUGUGAUUCUCUAAUUAUUAAAUGUUUAGAAUCCAGCAGAGUUGUCAGCAGGUCUACGACACAGUAGUUGUAAUACAGCUAUGGCGAGGAACCGUUGAGCUACUCCAGCUCCUAAUGCCUCGUCUCCUAUGUGGAGGAAGAUAAGGCACAUCUGUCUGCUACAUCCAGGGGGACCUGAUGUAAUUCAGCCGACUGCAAUCUUGAUUAUUAAAACUGGACUGUAAGUCUAAAAAUGUCAAAUUAAACAUGAACUUCCUGAGGGUAAUUUAUCUAAAUGCUGUUUUCUAUACACUGUUUUCCUCAUUCAUGCGUCUUUCAGACAUUAUUGUGGCACAGCCUUUGUCCAUUUCAGUCUUGAUUCAAAAAGGAACAGCUUGGUGUGUAUGACCAGUGUGUUAAAUCCAUAUUUCCUUCUGUUUUGACACAUCUUCUGCAGGACUUUGAUUUUAAUGCUGUUUUAGUUCCAAAAAGUUAAUUACUCAUUUUGGCGAUAGUUAAAGCAGGAUUUUUAUCUGACCACUAUUUAUGGCUUGUAGCAGCUACA